GUGCUGCCAACCACCAUUAAUAAAACGACAAUAGUGUCUGUGAAAAGCUCUGUAAUUGCUCUCACUCCUUAAAAGCAAAAGAGAAAAAAGAAAAGCUGUUUUUACAAAUUUGUCAUUUUUAAUAUCUCUUCAUGCUGGAUUGUUUUGAAGUUUUGUCAUAUUUACCAACUCCAUUUUCGUUAAAAGAUUUAUAAUAGGAGGAGGCUAGCUAGUAGUAUUACACUAUCAGUAAACUGAUACAACCACACAGUACUCUAGUUAGUUAUCCUCGACAAUACCGAUCGUGAUGAUGCUGAUAAUGAGAAUCCUACUUUUCAUGACUGCUCUUGUUCUUCUUCAAAGGGAAGUAGCUGAAGCUAUGGCAGAGAAGCAAGAACAACAAGCUAAUCUCCCUCCAAGAGGUUGGAACUCUUAUGAUUUCUUUUCAUGGAUCAUCUCAGAGGAAGAGUUCUUGCAAAAUGCGGAAAUUGUUUCACAACGGCUACUUACUCACGGAUAUCAGUACGUUGUGGUGGAUUACCUUUGGUAUAGGAGGAAGGUACCUGGUGCCUACACUAAUUCACUGGGGUUUGAUGUAAUCGAUGAAUGGGGAAGGAUGAUUCCUGAUCCAGAAAGAUGGCCUUCUUUCAAAUGAGUAGUUCAACCAAUCUAGUAUUUUCAAA